AUUAAUGCUUUCUUAAUGGAUUGAGAGUAUAUGUUUAGUAAAAUUUGAUAUUGAAAUUGGUCAAAUAGUUGAAUGGACUUAACCAUUAAAAUCAAUAACAGAAUAAGAAGAAAAGAAUAUUAGCAUGUUAGCAUUUCCAGAUUCAAAUGCAUUUUCUUAAAACGAAGGUAAAAUUGAUUUAUUUUAAUUUAGGUCAUCUUAAAUAUGUUUUUCGAGUUAGAAGGUCAGGAGGAAAGAAUUAAUUUUCAUUGGGAUUUGCAUUAUUUAUGUAAAGGAAAGAUGAAGAUAAUCCAAGAGGAUACACAUAGAAAUCGAUAGUAAUUUUAACAAUAUUGCCUCUUGUUACUUUCUAUUAUAAUUUAUUGGAAAUAAUAUAUUAAAAUAUUAAGCAAGGAUGUUUGAAAGCAUAAUUAUAAGUAAAUCUAAUUUUUAUUUCGAAGCAUGCUUAUGAAUAAAUAAAUAGUUGGGAAAAACCAUAACCCAAUUAAGUAUUUAAUCUCUAAAUAUUUAAUAAUAAAAUAGCAGUAGAAGUUCCACAUUAUUUGAAGAUGUAAAAAGUUGAUUCUUAAAUGAAUGUUGAAUUAUAACAAGUAUUAGAUGAGUUAACUCUUACAAACAUGAUACAACUUGAUGACUUAAGAGACAUUGGAUAAUUCUAAGAAGCCAAUAUUUUUGCAGCAUUACCGUAAUUUAAUAAUCAAAAACUAAAAGUCAUUCUAUGUUAGUUCAUUUACCGAAGUUAUGGGAACUUAUUCUCACUAAUCAAUAAUUUAUGGUUAUUGCUGAUUCCCCUUAUCAAUGCAGUGAAAUUAUUCUUGGAAUGAUUAGCUUAAUUUCACCAAUGAAAUUUAGUGGCGAUUAUAGACCAUAUUUUACUAUUUAUGAUAAAGAAUUUCAAUAAAUUAAUUAAGAACUUGAAAACUCAAUUGUUCGAAAUAUCAUUAUAGGUGUUACAAAUCCUUUUUUCUUAAAAGUAUAAAAUAUCAAUAAAAAUUAUAGGCAUUGAAGAAAUUCCCAAUUAUUAUAAGAUGCGAUUCAUAAGCCUAAUAAAAUAGAUUAUAAACUUAAGGAAAUAAAGAGUUUUGUUUGCUUGAUGAUAGACAAACACUUAAAAUGAUGAUACCUAUUAAAAAUGAAGAAACUAAAACUAUUAAUAAUUCAUUAAUAAAGAAAGUUUAUCGAAAUAUGUCUUUAGAAUUUAUUGGACUUUUUGAAAUGUAUUUUGCAAAUUAAUAAAAUGUACAAAUUAUAUUUUAUAUUUAGUAAGUAAAAAAGUUUGAUGAAAAAGAAUUUUUAGAGUUUACAAAAAAUUGUAAAGUCUCAUUUCAAGAUUUAUUUGAAAAUAAACAAAAAUUUGUGAAGCUAUAUCAGACAUUUAUUAGAAGCUCUAAUUUCGUAACAUAUUUGAAUGAACGCAAAAAUGUGUAUAUAGCGAAGAGCAUUAUUUGA